GUGAGUACUGAGAAUUGUCGUGCCCGACUGGCGGUAUAUUGGAUGUGAUUGCUGACGACAGUGGCGGCAGCGUCGGCAGCAGCGGUGCUGUGGUCGGCGACGGAAUGAGACUCACUGGCCCCACAUUUUGGAGCUCAGCCAUAGAACUACAGCGACAGAACAGAAGCCCCCAUGUUUUAGUCAGCAUUCCAUGGCCUGUUUUCGCUCCCCUGAUCCAUGGGAUGACCGACCUGCGUGUGUGUGCGUGUGUUAUUAUCAGCAGAAGCUGUGGUAGAUCCCAAAACCUCCCAGUCAUCCACAAAAUAAAAGAGCGAGAUGACCGCCCGCUUUCAUGACAAAGGAGGAGCAACCCCAAAUAUGGAAGGCAAGCCAGGCUACAAGAGGAACGGAUCGUUUUCUCUGCCCAGUGGAGCACAAGCUAGCACAUCAUUGCUGCUGAAUCACAUUUUAGCACCAAGGGAAAAGCCCGUAAACCGGCUGCGAUGGGUCUGCUCCUGCUUUUGGCAGGGGGCACAGAAUCUGGAUUUUCUGCCAGAGUGGAAAAAGCGCCAAGAGUGGAGUGGAAAUGAAAACUCGGGACCGAGGGUUCCGGAGCCAGAUCAAGCUUGGCACGCUCCGAUGUAGAUUCGAGCCAGCCAUUGUCGCAGCUGCCAGCUCGCUUAGAAACUGUCCUCUCUACCUCGCCCCCCAAAAAAAGGACCGAUGUCCGAACAGACACAUCGUCCAAGCAGCAUUGAAGCACCGAGAUGGGUGGGGGCGAGGGCGAAUAGGCCCGCAUAAAACACGAUAUGCAAGCGUGCUGGCCACCAUGCAUCUGCACGAAUUCCAAACAAAAUCCCGACCUGCUUUUUUUUAUCAAGCCUGUAUCAUUUUUUGUCGUUUCCGGCAAAUCCUUCUUACCUUGUUAUCUUGGCCUUCUUGACUUUGGACUCGGCCGACGCCGUCGAUGCCGAGCUCGUUGAUCUCGGCGAGUGGCAGAACCGCCGCUUCACCUCCUCGUCAACAAACCGGCACGUCGCCAGAUGCCGCUGCAUCAGGU